AUGCAGUCCUGGCGGAUCCGGAUUGCAAGAAAAGCAGUGAUGAACUUGCUGCCGAGCUAUUUGAUUGGAAGGCCAACUCGGGCAAUUCGGACAUAUUCCUGACGAAGCAGAUCACCAAAUUGCCAACGUUAAGCUUUGGAAGCAACGACGAGGGCUGUUUUGUUCAGCAUGAUGGAAAAAGUGAUCCCGAAAGCCAGCCGCUUAUACUAAUCCCAAUAGUGCCACUCGAAAGCGCACGGGAACAAGAAGAAGUUCAGUCCGGAAAAAUGGUUAUUGAAGAUGAAGCCAAUCAAGAGAUCGAUAAAGAAGCGGACACUCAGGAGAGUUCGAGUGUGAGAAGAUCAAAACGAGUACGAGAAAAAGACGAUGCAGAUCAAGCCGUAGAAGCGAAAAAAGCUCGAAACAGUGGAACGGCUAUGCCAAAAGUAGAAUUGCCUGCCAGGUCAUGUCAGCGGAAAGAACUGGUGCUUCUUCUACAGUUGCAGAACCAGCAAAAUCCGCUGGAUCAGCUGAAUCUUUUACCUUCGCAGCUUCCGGUUCCUUUGCUGCCUUUUUUGGUCGAUGCACCGUCUGCUGGCGGAACCGCAUGACGAAUGCCGUUCAAUGCGCAGAUGCCAAAACUGAAAAUAGCUGGGCGUAUUUUGCAGCUCAGUGCUGAUUCCGAAGCACAGACCUGUAAGCCGAUGACGCUGAAAAAUGCUGCUGGUGAAUUGGUAAUGAUCCAAAUUCAGAUUUUUUGGUUUUUAAAGAUAACAGUGGUUCGUCGUUCAGAUGGGCGUCUGGUCAUGGUAACACCUCAUUCGGAACCUCUAAAAG